UUUGGUUAAAAAAAACAUUGCACUCGCCCAUUUAGAAUGUGUCAUUUUUGUUUGAUAAAGUGAAUAUCGAUUUGACCAAAAAUUUGACAACAAUUUCGAAUCUAAUCUAAUAUAAAUGUCUUUUGUAACACCGGGAGAACCGUUACGAAAAUGUCGUCGAACAUUAAACAAAAUUCAUCAAGAUCGAGAAAAAUUACCAUUACGAGAAUUAUUAUUUUACAAUCCUCCGGAAACUGUAUUUCAGAAGGAAUAUCGUGAACUACAUGAAGAAGAACAAAAUAAAACAUCGGUAGUUUCGCCUAAACUACCAUCGAUUAAAAGUCGAACAUCUAGUCGAUCAAGUUCAGUCAGUUCUGAACAAAAUGGUGACAAAGAUAAUCUUAGCGAUCAAGUUAAUCAACAACCAGUAGAGGUGGUCGAAUCGCUGGAAAAAGAAGAGAUUAUAUCAAGUAGCAGUAGUGUUCAAUCGGAAAAGAUCGACAUUGCUGCCAAUACUGAUGGCAUGUUGACCAUCGAUGAAAAAGGCAAUAUUGUUGUCAAAAAAUCAGAUUCACAAACAGACUCACAAAGUGAUAAUCAACAAGCUCCUAAAUUAAAAUCCUCAACUACUUAUAAUUCAUUCCGUCGUCAAGAACGUCCGCGAAUUUUUUGGAGUGCUGAAGAAACUACAUCAUUCUAUGCAGCAUUGGAAAUUGUUGGUACAGAUUUCAGUCUAAUGAAAGCUGUUUUCUUCAAAGAUAGUAUUCGUGAUCGUAAACAAUUGAAACAAAAAUUCAAACGUGAAGAAAAAAAUAACCGAGAAUAUGUGGAUAAAAUUUUGUUCGAAUCGCUGAAAAAUCGUUCGAAACUUAAUUCGAUAAUCAAUGUUGAAAAUGUUGAAAAUACAAUUCCCGCAGCUAAAAAUGAUGAUGAAAUCACUUUGUCCGACGCUGAAACCGAAAUUGUCGAAGUGACUGUCAAUGAAAUUUGACCAUUUGUAAUCUUCACCAAAAUGUCUGUCAUAUAUUUGAUUAAUCAACGAUGAU